UUGAAAGGUUAAUUUGGAGGCAAGAAUCUACACCCACCUACCUCAUCAUCACAACAUACAAACAACCUCAGCUGAAUCAAAAUCAAACAUACAUUAUAGUUGUUUAUGUUUAUUGUUUUUUGGUGUCUUCUUGAAGCCAUAAACCUUAUCUGAGACAGGUUCAUCCCAUCUUAAUUUUUCAACAUUGUCCUUUGAUCCUUUCCUUCUCAAUGUGGUUGCUUCACAAUUGUAAAUCCUCUCUUCUGGGUCACUUACACGCAAAGAAACUUCUCAUUUUUUGGCAAUUAAGGUAACAAAACUGUUAUUAUUCGUGCCUUAAGCUUCUUCGUUAGUGGUGGAUCGAAACAAGACCGAGUAAAUUUAUUCUGAUAAGUUGAGUUGGUCUUGGAUGCUAUUGCAAUUGAUCUUCUACUACUAAUUAAUGGGAUUUCACCUCGUCUUGUUUCUCUUUCUCGCUUCGGUUCGUUUGACAUUAACUCAAGAUGUUGAACAUGGUUCUAUUAUAGUAGAUGGAGUUCAAGCAAUUGCUGAAAAUGAUGAUAACUUCAUUUGUGCUACUAUUGAUUGGUGGCCUCAUGAUAAGUGUGACUACAAUUAUUGCCCCUGGGGCAAUACAUCUGUUCUGAAUUUGGACUUAUCUAAUCCUACCCUUGCAAAGGCAAUCCAAGCACUGAAGCCUUUGAGGAUAAGAGUUGGAGGUUCAUUGCAAGAUCAAGUGUACUAUGAGGUAGGAAAUUUGAAGUCCCCUUGUCAACCAUUUCAAAAGAUGAAAGGUGGAUUGUUUGGAUUUUCAAAGGGAUGUUUACAAAUGAAAAGGUGGGAUGAGCUGAAUCAUUUUUUCAACAACACAGGGGCCAUGAUCACUUUUGGUUUGAAUGCACUCCUUGGGAGGCACCUGAUUAGUCAUAAUGUUUGGGGAGGAGAUUGGGACAAUACAAAUACUUAUGAUUUAAUAAAUUACACUAUUUCAAAGGGAUACAAAAUUGAUUCAUGGGAAUUUGGUAAUGAGUUGAGUGGUAAAGGCAUUGGUGCAAGUGUUGGUGCUGUACAAUAUGGGAAAGAUUUGAUAAAGCUUAAGCAAAAUUUAAACACAUUAUACAAGAAUGCAAACUUCAAACCUUCACUUAUAGCACCUGGAGGAUUCUAUCAAAAGGAAUGGUUUGAUAAACUUCUAGAGGUUUCAGGUUCAGGCGUUGUCGACGUGAUGACUCAUCAUGUAUAUAAUUUGGGAGCAGGUAGUGAUGGGAAUCUUGUAAAUAAGAUUCUAGAUCCAGCGCGCUUGAGCAAGGUAGAAACAAUUUUUGGCAAUCUGUCAGAAACCAUUCAGAAACAUGGUCCUUGGUCGGUUGCUUGGGUUGGAGAAGCUGGCGGGGCAUUCAACAGUGGCGGUCGUUAUGUUUCUAACACAUUUGUGAAUAGCUUUUGGUACUUAGAUCAACUUGGAAUUUCAUCCAAAUACAACACUAAGGUCUAUUGCAGACAGACCUUAAUUGGAGGAAACUAUGGCCUUCUUAAUACCACCACUUUCACUCCCAAUCCUGACUACUACAGUGCACUUUUGUGGCAUCAGCUCAUGGGGAAAAGUGUUCUUGCAGUUUCCAGUGAUGUUUUUUCGCCAUUUUUACGCACUUAUGCUCAUUGUUCAAAAGGCAGAGAUGGAGUAACAUUUUUGCUAAUCAAUUUAAGCAAUCAGACUAAUUUCAUACUCGAUGUUCAUGGCCGCGCGAAUGUCACUAAUGAAGAUGCUAAAAGUAGCAUCCAUGUAGAUAAUUCAUUCAUUAAUCAUCUCAAGAGAGCAUUUUCUUGGGUUGGAACAAAAGGAUCAGAUGUCAUAUUCAGGGAGGAGUACCAUUUAACUACAAAAAAUAAUUACCUUAAAAGCAAAACCAUGCUGCUGAAUGGUAAAUCACUAAAGUUAACAGAUGAUGGAGAAAUUCCUAGAUUGGAUCCAGUACUCAAUAAUGUACAUUCUCCUAUACAUAUAGCUCCUUUAUCCAUUGCAUUUAUUGUAUACCCCAACUUUGAUGCUCCAGUUUGUUUUGGAAAUAGUAAAGUUUAAUUAAAAAAAAAAGGUUUCUUGAAUGUUGCAGAAGAGUGAGCAUUAGGAAUAUGGGAUUGUAAGAUCUCAUUGAAAUUUUAUAUAGUAACUGUAUACUUUUCUUCACAUCAAAGUUGAAACCACAUUUGUAAUUCUUACUAAUAUUGUCACAAGAUGAAAAGAAAAUUGAAAGGAGCAAGUGGCAUUGCA